AUGUCAACAGCGCAACGCGAUGUAGCCGCCUCAGUAAUUCCAGACGUCGGGAGGGUACUAGGAUCAGACUUUAUUGGAAUGGUCCAACGGAGGAUGCGAGAUGAAUCAUAUCCGCAGCCAACUGUCCAAGGGGGACUACCACCUGAAAACAAGAUCAUUUCUUUCAUUGUGCUUAUCAACAGUCUGGAUGUUGCGAAAGACUAUCUAGACCGUAUCAUUACAUCCCAACUAGGUACUUCCCUUGAUCAACCUAAUGGAGCAACAGAAUCUAGCCCCCUUGCCGCGUCCUUCCCGUUCGAGCAUGAUGUUACUUUCGUAACUACAGCACUUAACACGUUACAUUCUACGUUCGGGCUUAAGACCGGCGAGCUGAUAUCUGAUGCUUUAAGAGUCUUAUUCUCUGCCGUUAUCAAACAAAGAUUAAAACCAGUACUAGUUGAAGCCUUCCGCGAUGCUGAUUAUUGGCGUUCCGAAGAUGAAUUAGCAGAUAUCGCACGCCAAAAUGACGAAGACGAAGACGAAGUUAUAGAUCGUGUUCAACGAAGGUUCGAAAAUGGGUGGGAUACGCUGAUGAAACCUAUAGCACGAAUCAUGACCCCGAAAACAUUCACGGCGCUUAUGGACCUCACAGCGACAGAUCUGUCUAAGACACUUGAAAAAAGGGUGUGGAGUUAUAGCGGGAAGACCAGCGCAUAUGGGGCAAUACGAAUGGAGCGGGAUUUCUCGGGAAUUAUCAGCACUGUUGCUCGAGGUAAUUACUCUGUUAGAGAGAUGUUUGCGAAAGUAUCACAGAUACUCAUGGUGGCCAAUAUGGAAGAAGAUGAAUGGGAAGAGCUGAACAACGACGAGGACGAAGACGGCAUCCAAUGGGUUCUCAACGAAGACGAAAGGCGAAGAGCCAGAAAUUUGGUUAAGGCGUGA